UGAGUAAGGACCCACAUGCAUACAAGUAGGCCUAUAGGCUACCUGGCCUGCGGGCAAAUGUACAUAAAUGUGCCCAUUUGGAGAUCUGAUAGUAUUUCUGGUUGGCUUAACGCACCAUCACUAAUGACCCGUGGAGCUUCUCAAAGUAAAUGUUGUCUUUUUCACCUCAAAACAGACAGAGCUAGUCCGUCCCCCUCCACCCUGCCGGAGUCCCCUGGAUACAACUCUCCCGGUAGAGCGUUACUGCUGGGUCUGAAGAGGGUGUCUGUGUGGCUGGUCGACUGCAGGAAAACACCAGGGCAGAGUGGAACUGUGAGAGAAGGACACGAGGAGGGAGAUUUGAUUUCAUCAAGUGACACCCCUAACCGCCGUUCUCGCAGUGGGAGGGGCUUAUCAUCUGGGGCGCUUCAACCAUAUCAUGUUGCUGACAAGACAGAGAAGAGUCUCUCCAGAUCAGAACGUCUCAAGAAACACCAGCAGAGACGUAUAGGAAAGAAACCUCACCACUGCUUCUCUGACUGUGGGAAGAGUUUCACAAGCCAGAGUGGCUUCAUUAUUCACACCGUAGAGAAACCGUACUGCUGCUCACAGUGUGGGAAGUGUUUCGCUGCUUCUAACACCUUCAAAUCUCAUCUGAGAAUUCAUAAAGGGGAGAGGCCUUACCCCUGCCUUGAUUGUGGUAAAAGAUUUUCUUAUUUGGGAGCCCUAAACAUACACCUGCGAACACACACAGGAGAGAAGCCUUAUAGCUGUGAUCAGUGUGGAAAGAGCUUCAGUCAAUCUGGGACCUUAAAUUCACACCAGCGAACACAUACCGGAGAGAAACCUUAUAGCUGUGAUCGGUGUGGGAAGAGAUUUGCUCAGUCAAGAGAGCUGACUAGACACCUGCGAACACACACAGGAGAGAAACCUUAUAGCUGUGAUCAGUGUGGGAAGAGCUUUGCUCUAUCAAAAGCCCUAACUAUACACCAGCGUAUACACACUGGAGUGAAACCUUAUAGCUGUGGUCAGUGUGGGAAAAGCUUCAAUCAGUCAGGCAACCUGACAACACACCAGCUAACACACACUGGAGAGAAGCCUUAUAGCUGUGGUCAGUGUGGGAUGAACUUUGCUCGAGCUUCCACCCUGAAUAGACACAAGCGAACACACACUGGAGAGAAACCUUAUAGCUGUGAUCAGUGUGGGAAGAGCUUUGCACUAUCAGAUAAACGAACUAUACACCAGAGAACACACACUGGAGAGAAGCCUUAUUGCUGUUACCAGUGUGGAAAGGGCUUUGCUGUAGCUUCCACCCUGAUUAGACACUAUCGAAAACACACUGGAGAGAAGCCUUAUAGCUGUGAUCAGUGUGGGAAAAGCUUUGCUGUAGCUUCCACCCUGAAUACACACCAGCGAACACACACUGGGGAGAAGCCUUAUAGCUGUGAUCAGUGCGGGAAAAGCUUUGCUGUAGCUUACAACAUGAUUAGACACCACCGAACACACACUGCAGAGAAACAUUAGAUAGAUAUGCAGUACAGGUAAGCCCUGUUGAUAGCUGCCAACAAGCCAUGUUGGGUGUGUCAAAGAUCAGUGGUUGGCUAGCUAGGGGCUUCUAAAAAUGUACGUUAGCUUGAAAGCCACUGAUUGUAACGUUAGUUGUGUGUAACACACGUUACCUUCCUUACAGGUCAAAAGAAAACCAGCAUAGGACAGCAUAAUGACUGACAUUUCAUGAUUGACAAGUCCUUUGUGAGCUAGCCAGCUAGAUAACGUUAACUCGCCGUUCGUGUAGUCAGACUUGCUAACUUUAGCCAGGCACUAGGGCAACAGUAGUUAGUUAGCUAGCACGUCACCACGUAAAUAAUCUGACUACACGAAUGUUGAGCUAAUGUUAACUAACAUAGCUAGCUAAACAUUAGCUAAAUAUCCCUGCCUUGGUGGGCUAAGUAACAUGUCACCACUUGGAAAAGUGUGAUUACACAAACAGUGAGCUAACAUUACCUAGUUGGCUAACUAGCUCACAGAGGACUUGUGAACUCGAUGUUUUUCCAAUACAAACUACAAAAUCGGUUUUGUUCCAGAGUGCUUCUGUUGUACAUGAUUAGUCAAAUGACCUGUGAAAUCAGUUAGCUUAAUUUCCAUCCCUGCUGACGUGUCUAUCUCAAGGCUAGUACUUUUCAGAUUGGGCUAGUAGAAAAGGUGCCAAACUAGCCCGACACAGCAGUGAAAUGUUGCCUUUACAAACAACGAAUGCCACAGAUUUAGGUCCCAAAUGUGCCCCGGGUUCGUAGACAUUGCGGUCUGCUGGCCAGUGACCAAAAUCCUUAAAUCCCAUCCCUGCAUGUCAGUUCCUUUCAGACGAUCCCCUGUUGGUCCGUCUCAGUGACCUUGUGGCUGAGGGUUUGAACUUUCCUCUUGAGAAUGAAGAAGUACAGUCAUAUAGCUCAUUGCAAGACCUCACCUCUUCGGGCAAAUAGUACUCUUCACUGUCCUGAUCAUCUGCUCUGAACAAAAAUAUAAAACGUAACAAUUUCAAAGAUUUUACUGAGUUACAGUUCAUGUAAAGAAAUCAGUCAUUUAAAUAAAUUCAUUCGGACCUAAUCUAUGGAUUUCACAUGACUGAGAUUACAGAUAUACAUAUGUUGGUCACAGAUACCUUAAAAAUAACCUAUAGGGGAGUGGAUGAGAAAAACAUUCAGCAUCUGGUGUGACCUGCAUUUGCCUCAUGCAACAUCACACAUCUCCUUUGCAUAGAGUUGAUCAGGCUGUUGGUUGUGGCCUGUGGAAUGUUGUCCCACUUAGGGCUGUGACAUUUUGUCAGUCGGUUAUUGUUAUGCAGACUGCCAGUCUCACAGUUAUUAACCAUUAACACGAGCAUGUUUAGCAUCUCCAGGUCUCCACACAUACAAGCUGCUGAUUCACACCUUUGAAACAUCUACAUAAAAAUAAAAAAUAAAGUCUAAAAUCUAUUUAAUAUACACCAUCACAAAAAUCCAUUAUUUAUUUUAGUCAGGACUAACAAAAUAUUAUGAUAUGAAGAAAAUGUAUUUCAGAAGAACAGAAUGAGUUGGCCUGCUGUGUAUUAUCUGGUUAUGCUCCAUGCCAUAGUUUAUUUAACCCUUAUUUUACCAGGUAAAUUGACUGAGAACAUAUUCUCAUUUACAGCAACGAUCCGGGGAAUAGUUACAGGGCAGAGGAGGGGGGAUGAAUGAGCCAUUUGGAAGCUGGGGAUGAUUAGGUGACUGUGAUGAUAUGAGGUCCAGAUUGGGAAUUUAGCCAGGACACCAGGGUUAACACCCUACUCUUACAAUACGUGCCAUGGGAUAUUUUCGUGACCAGAUAGUCAGGACACCCGUUUAACGUCCAGUCCGAAAGACAGCACCCUACACAGGGCAAUGUCCCAAAUCACUGCCCUGGGGCAUUGGGAUAUUUUUUUAAACCAGAGGAAAGAGUGCCUCCUAACUGGCCUUCCAACACCACUUCCAGCAGCAUCUGGUCUCCCAUCCAGGACCAAUCCUGCUUAGCUUCAGAAGCCAGCCAGCAGUGGGAUGCAGACAUGCUUCCUGCAAAGGCUGUAGGCUUGUUCAUUUAGCUGACAAAAGAUGCUUAUAAGGCCCAUGUCGUUAUUUUAUAUUAAAUUAUUUUCAUAGUAAGAAGAAUACAAUUGAUCUUAGCUGAAUAAAAUAGGAUAUUUUCCCAUUCCAGAGCGAAUAUGAAGUGGCUUUGUUGAAUGUAAAAGUGAUCAUUUGAAAAAGGUCCUAUACACUAGUUUUAGAGUUAUUUGGCAACUUUAGUUGUAAAUGAUAAACCUUAUGUUAUGAUUUCAAAGACAUUCUGUAUGGGCUGCAUGAUGCGAUUAUAGCCUAUUGAUGAUUUUGGGAAGUUACAAAAAAAAGAAGCUUGUGCUCUGUUCCUUGCCUCAGGCUGCACAGCUGUUCUCACAUCAAGUGAUCAGAUUUUCACCCAACAGACUACUCUCAAUUUAAUAUUUUCUUUACUAGUGUGUAAAAUUAGUUCUGAUUUAGAAUGGCCCCUUAUCAAAUGAACAGGAAAGGGAACAGGGGGAAAAGACAUGUCAUCCUUACGCACUUGAAUAGCAAAUGGUGGCAGCACACUGACCAGGUAGGCUACUUUUUAUUUUUUUGCAGAGCAUGUGCUUAAUAUGAGCAACUAAGAAAUAAAUAUAAAAA